AUGCAAGUCAGAAAUAUUCAGAACAUAGCACCGAGUCUAACUGACAAGAGUAUAAAGAUAUACUAUGAACACGUUAUGAUGAAACCUACCAAAAUUCAAGAAAGUCAGUAUACUUAUGAAUAUCCAAGGCACUGGGUAGAGUAUGUAGGAGGUGAGAAAGCUAUUGAAAUAAGACAAGUUAGAAGUAUUCCAGCAGGAAGGACAAUAUUAUUGAAGAACUUUAAUGUUUUGAGGUAUAAUGAUGAAACAAAGAAGCAAGAUAGUUUUCCUGUUGCUGUGUAUGUGAACCUAGACACAGGAGAUGACAUGAAAGUUUUUAAUACAAAGCUUCAAACGGUAGUGAGAGAACAACUGACUGCGGAAGGGCAUCCAUUACCUUCAGAAGUUACCAUAGCAUAUAAUUUUGAAACAAAUGCAAUAGAUUUUAAAGUCGUCUCUGCAAAGAAGUCAGGUUUUACAUUUAAUGAAGCAGAUGUAUAUUCGAAUGAAAACUUCAAAGCUAUUGCAUGGUUAGAUAAUGACGAUUGCUUUAAGAAAAUAUUUAAAUUCAGUGACUCAACGAUGUCAAUAGAUGACCUUCGUGGAAUGUUACCAUCGACGUUUACAGUAGAAGGUUCAGCAGGAUUGCUUACAAGAUUGUCAAUUGGUGGUAUUUGGUCUCG